AGAAAUGGUCAAUGCAUGGUUUGCUGAAAGAGUGCACACAAUACCAGCAACAAAGGAGGGAGGGAAAAGCAAUACAGAAAAUAACCAGCAGGCCUCUUCUUCUGAGACCACCAACCAAGGAGCACCGGUGAGGAAGAUCUCUGCUUCUGAGUUUGACCGGCCUCUCAGGCCCAUCGUUGUUAAGGACUCUGAGGGAACACUGACAUUUCUCGCAGAUUCCGAAAAGAAGGAACAGAUGCCUCUUCAAGCUCCAAGUUUAAAUAGUGCAAGUGAUCAGUGUUCACGGCUUCUGGAACUGGUGAAAGAUAUUUCAAGUCAUUUAGAUGUCACUGCCCUGUGUCAUAAAAUUUUUCUGCAUAUUCAUGAACUGAUAUCGGCAGACCGCUACUCACUUUUUUUAGUCUGUGAGGACAGUUCCAAUGAGAAGUUUCUGGUUAGUAGGCUUUUUGAUGUAGCAGAAGGCACAACACUGGAGGAGGCUUCAAAUAACUGCAUCCGUUUGGAAUGGAAUAAAGGAAUUGUCGGCUAUGUGGCAGAGUAUGGACAACCCUUAAACAUAAAGGAUGCUUAUAAGGAUUCAAGAUUCAACGCAGAAGUUGACCAAAUUACCGGGUACAAAACGCAAAGUAUUCUUUGUAUGCCAAUAAAGAACCACAGAGAAGAG